AUGUGGCACCACACGUCGCUGGGCCCGGCGCCGUGGGAGUUGGAGCAGACCGAGGCCAGCGCCACGCCUUCCGCCGUCAGCCCUCGCUCCGUGGCCUCCGGGCCCUCGCCCUUCAAGCCGCCACGUCCGCAGGCCGCGGCCUCGCCCUUUGCGCCCGCUUCGCGGGAGCGGCCGGCGCCGGUGCAGUGGCUGGACCUGGACGAGCGCGAGUCGCCCCGGUCGCAGAACACCGCGCCGCCACAGCCGCAGCUGGACAGGGAGGACACGGACGCGCAGCAGUGGGUCCCAGCGCCUGCUGCGGCGCGCCCAGCGGCGGCGGCGGCCAGCGCCGCCUCCUCUCCCGCGCCGUCGCAUUGCACCAGCCCGAGCCUGCCUCAGUCGGGUUGGUCGGGUGCGCCACCCUCGCCGCCGUGCCUCUCGUCACCGACCAGCCUCACUGCGGAAGUCUAUAGGCUCGCCCGCGGGUCGGGGGGCAUCUCGCAGCGCCACGACCGUCGAAGACUGAUCCUGGAGGGCUGCAAGUUGCAUGUCUGCGAGCCUGGCUCGGUGGACCAAGUGAAGUUUUCUCUGGACCUCGCCAGCGAGAUGAGCGAGGUCGUGCUGCUCCCCCACGGAGUCCUGUCGCUGCAGCUGCGGCUCCAGCAGCGCAGGAGGUCCUCGUCCAGGGUGCGCUCGCUCGGGUAUGCCCGGAUGGGGGGGCCGGCCGCUGGGGCGCCGGAGGAGAAGACGUACUCCUUCGAGUUCGACCCGCCAGGCGACGCGGCCGCCUUCCGGGCGGAGAUCCUCAAACGCAGGGCGGUUGUUUGCAGGUCGCCGCUCGCCCAGCCGACACUGUGA